AUGACUGCACCGCAUUGUGACCAUUACAAGCUUGUCCAGAACAUCCAUAUCAUCAUCAUCUUCAUCAGCAGCAGUCCUUCAUUCUCGGCCUGUAGAAGCCUCAUCGACACCCAUGUCCGAGUUCUCUGCACUUCAUCCAGGCCAUUUUUCUGCUUGAGGUCCGAGCAGCCGUCGUCUGGUGGUCAGAAUGUUUUGAUUUCUAAAAAUCAUCUCCAUAAAAACACAGAAAACAUAGCUGGGAAGCUGACUUUCUACCAGAUGGAUGGGAACUCCACCUAUGUGAGGAACACAGGAGAACUGGCCUCAGACGUUCCCACUGAGACCAUGUUCGAGCUCUUUGAUCCUUUGCAGAACUUCAGCUCUGCAAAAUUCAGCUACACUUGGGAUUUAGGAAAUGGAGAAGUGAUACAGGGCACUGAGCCUGUCGUCCGCUACCUUUACACACACUCAGGAAACUACACACUGCAGCUGAAAGUUGGAGUCAAUCUUAACAAAUCUGCACCGGAAAUUACUGAGGUUUACUCCACUGAUCUCAAAGUCCUGGAUGCCAUCAAAAACAUCGAGCUGAAGGGUCCUUCGAACUAUGAGGUGUCUGAGAACUACAGCCUGGCUUUUCAUGUCGACGGAAGCCUGCGUAACUGUGUCCCGGAGAAGAGCAUUGGCUGCACCAUGACCAAACUGUAUGAGAACACACUGAGACUGAACCACACCUUCACCUCUGCCGGUGUCCACUGUCUGGACAUCAGCGUCAGCAACGACAUCAGCAAACUGCAGACGUCCUUCAGCCUGUACGCCAAGAAGAGCAACAACAACCACCUGAUCUUCAUGCUGUCCUGUGCUGCUGUUCUCACGGCCACAUUCUCCUUCAUCACAGUCAUCGCCUGUCGACCUUGUCAUCACGGCCGAUCACAGAUUGCUGUCUCCACUAAUGCUGUGUUCCUGAAGAGCCAGACCUCUGGAGGUCAGGGCAGGAUCUUCCUGAACUUUUCCCACAUGGAGAGAGGAGAGAGGGAGCCGCUCAUCCUUCAGUCCAGGUCACAGUAGUUCUGCUGCUGCUGCUGCUACCUGCACACAACCUUAUUUUAAUUUAAUUCCAACAAUUUAAAGGCGUUUUCAUCAAACCGAACAUAAGCUAUCAGCUGUAGCACUGUAAAUAACUAGGAUUUAAAAAUGCAGCACAACAGACUAACAUGUUAUCAUUAAAGAGCCAUUUCAGUUUUUAUCAUAUCCUCAUUUCUCCCUAAAAUAGUUCACGUGAUUAAUUAGUGAGACAUUUUAAGGGCUUGCAGUCAACAAACAAAACUCUUUUAUUAAUAUUAAGUUUGAUUUUGUUUUGUUUUCAUGGAUGUUUUGGUGGCAACAAACUUUAAAGAAUGAAUUAUUGUUUCUCUGCUACAGUCUACAGCACUUAGCCCUGAAGCAGGGGCUGAUGGGAAUGUCAUCUCAGUCAAACAGACUCACCCUGCAUGUCUGCUUUUUUUUUUCUUCCAUCAAAAUUAUUGAUCAAACUGAGCUUUUAUUGUCUGUCCUCCAUACCUUCAGUCUCAGAUAAGAGAUGAUCACGUUGAGUCCUCGUGUCACGUGCCGUCGGGAAACGUUCCGCUCUGUGUGUCCUCAGACAAGACAUCCAGAAGAACAGUCUGAAUAAAAGCUGCAAAUGAGUUGAAAUUCACUGUUGGUUAAAAUGUGUUUUUUUAAUUCAGACCUGCUCAGGUUUCCCUCGUAUAUUCAGUUCAUUCCCCUGGUCCAAUCCAAGGCUAUGGAAAUGUAAAGAAUUUCAAUCCAAUUCCCAGGAUAACAUGCAUCUUUUAUAUCACAAAGCCUGAUGUUUGUUUUAAAAGAUAUGCACUAUUAAAUUUAGGGUUUUAGUUUUUUAGAUUUCUUCAGUACUACAGAACGUUCCCGGAGCUUUGUGGGGUUUAAAGAGUGACUUUGUGGAAAGGGAGAACGUCCAUAACGUCACCAGUGACCUUUUGGCCUUCCUCAUCAGUUAAGCGUUGCUAAUGCCACCCAGGACACCUGUUGUUGUUGUGACCUGAGCCGUCUGAUUCUAAAGACCCUGCUCAGUCUGGGUGUAACUGUCACUCAUGUGCAGGGACUGAUACUGACAAGAUUGGACACAAACCUAAACCAUAACGUCCCCAAUUAAAGUGAAAGUCAUGGACAAUUUUCAGUGUUAUCUUAUCUAGGAGUGCAGUACUUCAAACUGUGUACUCCUCUGUGAUGUGAGCCGUCCUGCGUGUCAGUGAAAACUCAAAUCUAGGACAUAAGUAUAGAGAAAAGGUUGUAGUUUUUAAAUUUGCUGAAAUUGUUUUCUCUGUAUAAAGUGGUCCUUCAUUGUGGUCUGAGAAAACAGAACACAGUGAUUUCUUUGACAGUAUUAUGCUGUUAUGCUGUUGUUCUGACAAAUAUUUUUUAGUUUCCUGUCAUGCAGAGGGAAAGUAACAACCAACAGAUCGAAGCCAGACAUGAAUUCAUUUUGCAGCAGCGCUCUUCUUUAAUAUCGUUUUCAUUCACUUACAAAGACAACAUCUCUGACAUUUAGAAAACACUCAGUGGCACUUAAGUCUUUAUGAGAAGGCAUUAAACCAGAUGGUUGAUCCCCUGUACUGUACGUACGUGAAGAGUCCAGAAAACUAAAUAAAACCACAUUGAAACACGUACAUCUGUUUAUGUUCAAUGACUGGUCACCAAAUCCACAAAACACAUUAUGCUUUUCAUAUUCAUGGACCACUUUUUCAGAAAAGAUGGAGGUUUUUCACAAAACCCAAUAAAAAAUGAAAGUUUUGUUCAUCAAGGAUGAUGGUUUUUAAUGUACCUUUUGUUCAUAUUUCAGCACAUAGAAGUUGGCCAUGACCCGUCUCUGCUUGAAAAGAUUGAAGAGAUGUUCUUUUAUACCCAGAUUUACACCAACCUUUCUGAAAAUGUAUUUUGUUUCACCUGAAACAAGGUUCCAUUUGAAUCAGGUUUUGUUAAAUGGCAAAGGCAGAUGGAGGAGGAAAGCACUGGGACUGGUGUCCCAUCAGAGCAAAAUUGAAUUUUUUCUUUUCACAAUCUCCAGGACCGGGGACUUAAUUAAUCCUGGCCUUAAGCUCAUUUCCAGGUUAAGGAAGAGACAUAACAUUGAGGUGACCUUUAGUCUCUCUUCCCACGCUGCACGCAAACACCGGCUCAAACGCCCCCAGCUAACUGUUGUUCUGUCUGGACACAGUAGAGCAGGGGUCACCAACCUUUUUGAAACUAAGAGCUACUUCAAGGACACUUACUAAUAUGAAGAGCUUCUAGUUUGAUACAGACUUCCCAAAUAAUGUAAUCAUAAUUUGUUCUGGGACAUACUGUACAAUAGUCGACACUCUUCUUACCAUCGCCAUUGCACCCAACUAAAUAUCAUUGCAAAGGUUACUGAUUCAAAACAGUUACAGUACAAUUUCUGACCCUCUUGUUGACUAGUUUUAUUUUUAGAAAAUACCCUGUGGGCACUUGAGGUACUCCAUGGGGGCUACCAGGUACCCCCGGGCACCACGUUGGUGACCCCUGCAGUAGAGUAUCACUGCGUCCAGUAUCACUGUGUGCAGUACACUGUGUACAUCUGUGUCAGAUCGACAGCUCCCUACAGUUAGAGUGAAGUAAAUACCCACGGGCACCUUUUCUUAGCGUGGGUGUAGUAAAAGUAGCUUAAUCGUGUCUGAGACUAAGAAUGUUAAUGUGUCCGACUGCUCAGCCUCCAUAUAAUAAAUAUGCACUUUGGAGUUUCAUCACAUUCAAGGCCCAACAUCAGCUUUUCAUGACAGACGUGGCUGGUGCAGGAAAAUGCAAACACAACACUGUGACACGUGUAUGAAAAA